CAAACCUAUUUGUGUGUCAUUCUGAGUUUUUAACUCGCUGUAGUCUUUUUAGGUUGACAGGAGCCGCAACAUUUCCCUUUGUCCAAUGGAAGCCUGGUGACGCAGCAAGGCAAUGGCAGGUAACAAGCCCGAGAACUUGAACCUCACCAUCAGGACAACAGAAGAAACUGAAUGCUGCAUGAAGGGGGUAGAAGGGACAGGAGAGGACUACAGAAGACUGAAACUAUGGCACCCACGUCCAGGGUUUUGACGGAUAGGCAUUAUAUAAUGAGAGAGCCAGUGUUUUCUAUGGAACAUAUGUCCAUCUUGAAGACGGCACAGCCACAGAAUCAACAUGCCAAAGCCAGCUACUGGGCCUGUGCUGUUCCCAGUGGUUUGCUUCCUUCCCCAGACAGGAACUCUGCUGGCUGGGCCCCAAACAAGGAGUAUCAGGCUCUGCUGGACUAUACCUAUCCUUUGAGGCCUGGAAUGGUGUCAGGGAUGAGUGCUCCCUCAAUACAAGCUCUUAUGGGUGGUGAUGUGGAUGAAAGAAUUCUGGCCUCUCCCAGACCAGCUGGAGGGCUUGCAGGUCCCGUCCCCAGGCAGGUGAGGGAGGUGACAGACAAACUCAACCAGCCUGUCAGCACCAGCUGGGAGUCCCAGGAACCAGACGCUGCCCCUGUCCUCUCUGCUGUCCCUCUGCCUGACCAGUAGGAGAUCAGCCAGCAUGAGCGUGACCCUCAGAAGAACUGGGCAUCCAGCUCAGGUCCUCAGCCGUG